CCUCGAGGCUCCACCCUGCAACCUUGCACCAGCCAACACCCCCUUUGCAAGACCUCUCCUCAUCGAACCUGUCACCACGUUCUGGCUGUUGUUCUUCCACCACGUUGUGUAUAACCCUACCGCCAGUCUACUGCACCUAGACACCAGCCACCACUACUUCAUCGUCGUAUGUAUAAUUCUUCAUCUACUUCUCUCGCUACGUCACCUCGACCUUCGGCGAGAAAGCUUGGUAGCUCCGGAUACCGUGAUAUCAGUCCACAUUUUCGAAGAGCAAAAACCUCAUCACAAAAGCACCCACCCAAAAAAACCCAAAACCACCCAAAAAACCCAAAAACCACCCAGCAUACCCGCUAGUCGAACCAUGUUCUGUCUGUCAACUUCUGUGGCUAUGUUUUGGCUACCCCUACUGGUCUUGUGGCUGGGUCUCCCUCUCGGCCCCUGGUUGCACGGGGCAGGCAGCUGUGGCGCCAUCGCCAAGGAGGUCCCGGGCAACCUCAAACAGUUCUAUGAGCAGCUGCGCGCCGCCGCGUCUUGUCACAACGUGCUAGCCACGGGCUUCUGGGACGAGCAGACGGGGAGCAACACCUUCACGUACUGCGGCGAUCACCUCGCCGGGUACUCCUUGAUGUACAUACAGGGCCGGCAGGGCGCGCUGGCGGACAUGGAUGUCGACUGCGACGGCGUGGCGGGUGGCUCGGCCGACGACGGGCGGUGCAGCGCGCGCGAGAGCCCCGACCUGCAGAACGUGACGGCCUUCCAGGACACGCUGGCCGGCUACGGCGUCGCCGGCGUUACGGACCUCGACCCCUACGUGCACCCCUACGUCGUCUUUGGCAACCAGGGCGCCAAGGCCAACUGGCCAACCUUCGACCCCACCGCGUACGGCGUGCGCCCGCUCAGCGUCAUGGCCGUCGUGUGCCGCGGCGGCGAGGAUCUCGUGUACGGCGUGUGGGGCGACACGAAUGGCGACGACGGCGGGUACGCGAUGGUCGGCGAGGCGUCCCUGGCUCUUGCUACGGCCUGCUACGGCAACGAAAUGUCCGGCGCCGACGGCUACAGCGCCGAUGAUGUGCUGUACUUGGCGUUUAUCGGCCCCGAAGCCGUGCCUGGUGCUGCUGGCGCCGACUGGGGCGCGCCUGAUUUCCACGCGUUCGAGCAGAGCAUUGACGCGCUGGGCGACUCGCUCGUCGCCCGUAUC